AAGCAUUUCUAUUUGAUUUCUAUCAAGAGAGCAUUUUCGUGCUUUGACAAGCCCUUUAAUUGCUACCCCCAAAAAUGAUCGAGGCAGUAUAAGUAACAGUGCAGAGCAAUUGUCUGGGUUAUUUGUGGUCCAAGAAGCGCUCAAAGAGGUUUCAUUAGUUUCAUAGUAUAUAAAUAUGUGGCGCGUCUGUUUAUUGCAGUGCAUUAUGCUUGCUAGUUCAGUUCUGUCAUUAAGUCACAAAGGAAAUGAAACUUCAGCUGAAACGUCCACUUCCUCAUGGAAUCCUAGAAGUCUAGGCCGAAUUAUAGCCCACUGCAUGGGUGGCUUGGAUUCUUGGCAGUGUCUGGAAUCCGAGAGCGAGCGAUUGUUGGAUGGUGCCUCCAAGGAUAACACUACCUGGCAGAUCACCGAUUACCUAAGCAUCGAGCCACAGGCUGGGUUCAGCAAGUCGGAGACGAGGCGUAUGGAUAUUGGUUUACCCGGGAAACUAUUGGAGCUGGUCCAGGGAAGAGUCCUACGUCUUCAGCUGCCUCGGCAGUUGACCAUUUCCAAUGCCAUCGAUGACUUUGGCAGCGAGCUGGGUCUCGAUCAAGGUCGCAAAAAGAAGGACAAAGACAAGAACAUGGCGAUGAUGGGCGGCAUGAUCAUGAUGGCCACUCUGGCCCAAAUGUUCCUAGGCAAGGUCAUCCUCAUCGCCGGCUCGGCCUUCAUAAUGGCCAAGAUCGCCUUGGUCAUUUCGCUGCUGGGCAGUCUAAAAAAGGGUUCGACUGGACACAGUGGUAGUGGAGGAGGAGGAGGUGCCACAGAGCAUGUUGUGGUCCACUCCAGCCACGAGAGCGGUUGGCACCGCAGCAUGCCCACCCACGACACAUACUCGCAGUUGGAGCAGGUGGAGGAACCACCGCUGGACAGCCAUAUGGAGUACUACCAGGCCUACCAGAUGGAGCCACUGAAGCGUCGCCUGCAUCAGGCGACGAUUUACCCAGAGCACCCACGUCCAGAGGCCACAACAUCGACUCGGGGCUUCAUUUAGAUGUAAAGCUCAAACUCCAUACAUCAAAUUAUCAAAACGCUUACAGGUUAGAAAAUCCAAAAUAAUUUUAGAAGAA